UUGCUGCGUCUCUCUGCGACUCUGGAGUGGAGGAUCGCCGAUCUUUUUCAGAUCGCAGAUGCUACGCGUUAGACGCAUAGUUAUGGAGGAGGAACGGCUCUCUUCACGCUUGACAGAGAUGUCCACAAAAUUCAAACAAAGAGGGUAUCCACGGCAGAUGCUUGCACAGGAGGCGAUGCGUGUGCAAGGACUUGAUCGUGAGUCCACCAUACAGGACAAAUCACCAGAUAGGACAAAAAGUUCCCGUAUACCAUUUGUACAUGCUUAUCAUCCCUGUACUAGAAAAAUUCACCAUGUAAUUUACAAACAUUGGCCCUUACUACGUACAGCAUACCCGGAUAUCCCAGAAUUCCAGGAACCUCCACUGUUGUCCUAUAAACGGCCACGAAACCUCAGGGAUAGGCUAGUGCAAGCCGAUCUGGGCACCCAACGGGUUAAUACACAAAGGGUCUUAGCACCACUGACAAAUGGUAUGUUUCCAUGUGGCAGGUGUAAUCAAUGUUCAAGUGUCAUACGCACUAAUGUAUUUACCCACCCACAUACAGGAAAGAAGUUCGAAUUGCGAGGUCAUUUUACAUGUGAUACCGAAUAUGUGGUCUAUAUGCUUAAGUGCCCCUGCGGGCUUGCAUAUGUUGGGGAGACUGUUCAACCCAUACGAGACCGUAUCAGUCAACAUAAAUCCACGAUCAGAAAGGAGGUACUAAAACUACCAGUACCAGCCCAUUUUCACUCAGCACGACAUUCCAUGGCUACCCUCAGAUUUCUUGUUUUGGAGUCUAUUGCCCCCCCUCGUGGUAAUCUUGGAGGUAUGGGUGCCCUGUACCCCAGUAGCCAGACUUAA